UGGACUCGCGACUGCCCUUGGUCUUGGGGUCGGGCUGGCACCGAGGCCGCAGCAUUCAGGAUGAAUUUAAUUCAGCUUGUACGUGACCACUGGGUACAUAUACUUGUCCCUAUGGGAUUUGUCGUUGGAUGUUAUCUAGACAGAAAGAGUGAUGAAAAGCUAACUGCCUUCCGGAACAAGAGUUUGUUAUUUAAAAGAGAACUGAGACCCAAUGAAGAAGUCACCUGGAAGUGAAGGCUGUGGCUGAAUUGCAGAAUGGUCACAUUUUUUAAAUUAUCAGAAAAAUAAAAAAACUGAACAAUU